UUCUGACAGGGGCCAGCCCUAUAGGCCUUUGAGCCAGCCUCUUUUUUCCCCUCCUGUCCCUGGGACACCAGAGUCCAGUACAACAUGGAUCUGCUCAUCAGCUGAGUUGGGGAAGUUUCAUCCCACCAGAAAUCAUGGAGGGAGACAACCACCCGAAUGCCUUGCCUUCCCGGUCAUCAUCCACGAGGUCGACCAUCCACCAUCCACCAUCCAUCGCAUCAUCCCCCCUAAGGUCAUCACCCACCAGGUCACCAUCCAUCGCAUCAUCCCCAGCGAGGUUAUCCCCUGCCACAGCAUCGCCAGUCAGAGUGGUUAGAUCAUCCCCAGUGAGAUCUGCUGUCAGAUCGACCCCCACAAGGUCAUCUUCAGCUGUACGGGCAGCCCCAGAAAGCAGAAGUGUGUCCAUGCCCAAGAUCAGCUGGCAGGGGAGCCAGAAAAGACUUACCUUCCUUGGCUGUGUCCUGCUGCUCAUUGCCCUGGUCGUCGCACUCAUCCUGUUGUUUUAUUUCUGGAAGGGCCACACAGAGAUCAAGUACAAGGAGCCCGUGGAGAGCUGCCACAGGAACGCCGUGCCCUGUGACGGAGUUGUGGACUGCAAGUUUAAAAGUGAUGAGCUGGGCUGUGUGAGGUUUGACUGGGACAAGUCUCUGCUUAGACUUUAUUCUGGAGUCCAUCGCCAGUGGUUGCCUGUCUGCAGUGAUGGCUGGAACAACUCCUACUCUGAAAAGAUCUGCCAACAACUCGGUUUUCAGAGCAGUGCUCACUACACAGGUGAAGUUGUUCACCAAGGGUUCACCAGUAGUUACUCUGUGUCUGAGUACAACAACACCAUCCAGGAAAGCAUCAACAGGUCUGACUGCCCUUCUCAUCAGUUCGUCUCUCUUCAGUGCACCCGCUGUGGUAUGAGGGUCAUGACUGGGCGGAUUGUGGGUGGGGCCCUGGCCCCCGAGAGCAAGUGGCCCUGGCAAGUUAGUCUCCAGUUCGGCACAACCCACAUCUGUGGGGGCACCCUCAUCGAUGCCCAGUGGGUGCUCACAGCUGCCCAUUGCUUCUUUGUGACCCGAGAGAAGAUCCUGGAGGGCUGGAAAGUAUAUGCCGGGACUACUAACCUGCUCCACUUGCCUGAAGCAGCCUCAGUCGCCCAGAUCAUCAUCAACUCCAACUACUCUGAUGAGCAGGAUGAUUAUGACAUUGCGCUCAUGAAGCUUGACAAACCUCUGACCCUUUCUGCUCAUGUCCAUCCUGCCUGCCUCCCCAUGCAUGGACAGACCUUCAAUCUCAAUGAGACCUGCUGGAUCACAGGCUUUGGCAAGACAAAGGAAACGGAUGAGAAGACUUCCCCCUACCUACGGGAGGUUCAAGUCAAUCUCAUCGACUUUAAGCAGUGCAAUAACUAUUUGGUCUAUGACAAUUACCUGACUCCUCGAAUGAUGUGUGCUGGAGACCUCCGAGGAGGGAGAGACUCUUGCCAGGGGGACAGUGGGGGGCCACUGGUGUGUGAGAGGAACAACCGAUGGUACCUCACAGGAGUGACCAGUUGGGGCACGGGCUGUGGCCAGAGGAACAAACCUGGUGUGUACACCAAAGUGACAGAAGUCCUUCACUGGAUUUACAGCAAAAUGGAGGGUGAGGUGCGGGGCCAGAAGUCCUAAAUAAGUGGCAUGACAAGCCAGACCAUCUCACAGCAUUGACUAUGAAGGCUCUACCUGUGACUGAAGCUACAGGGUUCUCCAGUAUGACCUGGAAAUGUGGAAAAAAGAGCAAAAGAUGCUCUUCAGUAAUUUUAUUAUUUCAUUCAAUGGGUGCAUGUAUGUGUGUGUGCAUGUGUCCCUGUUUUUCCCAAGCCUGGGCAGCAUUGUUGUAAAAUGGAAAAGGACCUAAAUUUCUAACCAAAUUGGAAAAUAUUGGGAGAGUUGACCUUGAGUUCCGUGGACCUUUUCAACAGGGAAUGACCAUACCACUUUAGAAAGAAAAAGGGGUUGACAUGGAAGCCUAAGUGGGUGGAUCCAGUGAACAGGGUCAUGGAGGAGCUCUGGAGAUACCUUCAAUGACCUGUACCAUUCUCUUGCUCUUGUCUUGCUGACUUCUGGAUUAUGGCACAAAGACAAGCUGACGAUGGCACAGCACCUUAAUUCUUUAAGGUGUGUGUGGAGGGCCCUUGAAGUAAAUCCUCCCUUAGUGCUUAGGUUUUUUUUUUUUUAAUGAGGCAAUUGAGGUCAAAUGACUUGCCCAGAGUCACACAGCUGGUAAG